AUGAAUUUAGGACCUCCAACACAAGUAUGUGAACACUGUGGAGCUCAACUUUGGUAUGAGGAGAGAACAAUUAAAUCUAGAAAGCCUAAGAAGCCUAAAUUCAGUUUAUGUUGUUCAGAAGGCAGAGUUGAACUUACGUUUUUGAAGGAUCCUCCACCUUUUCUUAAAAGAUUGCUUAGCAUGAGCAAUGAUCAGAGAUCAAAUAAAUUUCGAGUGGGGAUAAGAAUCUAUAAUUCUCUCUUCGCUUUCACUUCUUUGGGAGGUAAUAUAGAUCGUUCAGUGAAUAAUGGUACUGCUCCAUAUGUUUUCCGUCUAAAUGGCCAAAAUCAUCAUAGAAUUGGAUCUCUUAUUCCUGUUGAUGGCCAAAAGACACAAUUUGCACAGCUUUAUAUUUAUGAUACUAAGAAUGAGAUAGCAAACAGAAUUGAUGCCGUUACAUCUGCUGAUCAUAGAAAAGAUGUGGAUAUAGAUAUUGUCAUUGGAUUAUUGAAUAUGUUAGACAAUUGCAAUCAAUUGGUCAAGUACUUCAGGAUGGCUAGGGACAGAUUCAAUGAGUCUGAUAUGCAUGAUGUAAGGAUACGUCUUAUUCGAAGUCACAAUUAUGAUUCUAGACAAUAUAACUUGCCUGAUACUAUUGAAGUUGCUGCUAUUAUUGUUGGAGAUUUAAAUACCGAAAAUUGUGAAAGGGAUAUUAUAGUUGAAAACCAGAGUUCAGGAUUGCAGCGUAACACAUUGUUGCUUGGUGGAAGGCUUUUCCAACAAUUCAUAGUCGAUGCCUAUACUUCCAUUGAAAAGGAAAGAUUACAAUGGGUAAGGCAAAACCAAUUGAAAUUAAGAUCUGAACUAUAUGGUGGGCUUAAAGAUGCUGUGCUUCGUGGUGAUACAAAUCCAAAAACAGUUGGAAAGCGGAUCAUCUUACCUUCCUCUUUUACUGGAAGCCCAAGAUACAUGGCUCAGAAUUAUCAAGAUGCAAUGGCUAUAUGUAGAAGGGUAGGAUAUCCAGAUCUAUUUAUGACAUUUACUUGCAAUCCAAAAUGGUCUGAAAUCACACCGUGCUUGGAAUUUAUAGAAGGCCAAAAUGUUGGGGACCGACCAGAUAUUUAUACACAAUCGAAUUUCAGAAAAGAGGACUUCCGCAUGCACAUAUUCUCCUUUUCUUGGAUCCAAAAGAUAAGUUCCCAAGCCCAGCAGACAUUGACAGUAUUAUUACAGCAGAAAAUACCAGAUCCACAUGAAGAUCCAAUUGCUUAUGAAGAUGUAAAACAGUUUAUGAUGCAUGGGCCAUGUGGAUAUGCAAACCCAAGAUCACCUUGUAUGGUUAAUGAUAAAUGUACAAAACAUUUUCCAAAAAAAUUUUAUGAAGAGACAACUAUCGAUGAAGAAGGUUUCCCCAUUUAUAGAAGAAGAAAUGAUGGGAAGACAAUAGUAAAAAAUGGAAUUACUUUGGAUAAUCGGUAUGUUGUGCCAUAUAAUGUAGACUUACUGGUAAAGUACCAGUCACAUUUGAAUGUGGAAUGGUGCAAUAGAUCUCGAUCGAUUAAAUAUUUAUUUAAAUACAUAAAUAAGGGACCAGAUAGAGUCACAAUUGUUUUACAAGAGAAUCUGCCAGGUACUGAUAAUGACGAACAACAACCAAGCAUUGUUGUUGAUGAGACCAAAGCAUAUUUGGAUUGUAGGUAUAUUUCAGCUUCUGAAGCAUGUUGGAGAAUAUUUGAAUUUCCGAUUCAGUUUCGAAAUCCACCAGUUGAAAGAUUAAACUUUCAUUUAGAAAAUGAAAAUCCCAUUAUAUAUCCAGAAAAUGCAAAUUUGGACAACAUUUUACAAAGGCCAGGAAUCAAAGACACAAAAUUUACUGAAUGGAUGAAAAAUAAUGAAGCUUUUGAAGAUGCUUGUGAGUUAACCUAUGCUGAAUUUCCUACAAAAUGGGUAUGGCAUCAAAAUGUUAAGCAAUGGAAACGAAGAAAAGGUAGAAAAUGUAUUGGAAGAGUAUAUAAUGCUCACCCUUCAAGUGGAGAUCAAUUUUACUUGAGAAUGUUGCUUAACAUUGUCAAAGGCCCAAAAAACUUUAAAGAGAUAAUGACUGUAAAAAAUAUUACUUAUCCUACUUACAAAGAUGCAUGCUAUGCACUUGGGCUUCUAGAUGAUGAUAAAGAGUGGCAUGAAUGCAUAAAUGAAGCUGCACAUUGGGCCAGUGGCAAACAAUUACGCCAACUAUUUGUUACCAUACUCAUGUUUUGUGAAGUAUCUGAUCCUUUAAUUUUAUGGGAUUCUAAUUGGAAAAUUUUUACUGAAGAUAUACUUAAUAGACAAAGACAUAUCUCCCAUUUUCAUGAUUUGAUAUUAUCUGAUAGUCAAUUGAAAAAUUAUGGCUUGUAUGAAAUUGAUCAAAUCCUCCAACAAUAUGGGAAAUCUUUGAAAGACUAUCCUCAAAUGCCUCAACCAGAUGUAAAUAUUCUUAUUCAUAAAAGAAAUAGACUUAUUGAAGAAGAAAUGUCAUAUAAUAUUGGAAGUUUGCAAAGAGAACAUGAGAUCUUGAUAUCUGGCCUCAACAAUGAACAAAGAAAUAUCUAUAAUUCUAUAAUGGAAGCUGUUUUUUCUGAAAGUGGGGGCAUGUUUUUUGUCUAUGGUCAUGGUGGAACGGGAAAAACAUACCUUUAUAGAACAAUUUUGGCUGCUGUAAGAUCAAAAGGAAAAAUUGCUCUUGCAGUUGCUUCUUCAAGUAUUGCUGCUCUUUUACUUCCUGGUGGCCGAACAGCACAUUCACGAUUCCACAUCCCGAUUAAUGUUAAUGAUGAGUCAACCUGUGAAAUAAAGCAAAAAACACAGACAGCAGAACUUCUUUUGAAAACAAGUAUAAUACUUUGGGAUGAGGCACCAAUGGCAAACAGAAAUUGCUUUGAAGCUGUUAAUCGCAGCCUUCAAGAUAUACUACAAAUUGAAGAUCCAACGAAUUUAGAAAAACCUUUUGGUGGCAAAGUUGUGGUUUUAGGUGGUGAUUUUCGGCAAAUACUUCCAGUUGUGAAAAAGGGAAGACGUGAAGAUAUUGUCAAUCUACAAUUUGUCAGUCACACUUAUGGAAUUAUUUUCAUGUGUAAUAUUAUUAAUAGCACAUACCCUGAUUUGGAUGCUCAAUACAUGGAUGCAAGUUACAUUGAAGAAAGGGCAAUUCUUGGCCCUACAAAUGAAGUUGUAGAGGAGUUAAAUGACUACAUAAUCUCAUCAAUAAAUGGAGUAGAACAUGAAUAUUUGAGUUCAGAUUCUAUUUGCAAGGCUUCUUUGAAUGUUCCUGAUCAAGACAUUUUAUACCCUAUUGAGUUUUUAAACAGCUUAAGAUUUCCAGGAUUGCCAAAUCAUAAGUUGACAUUAAAAGUAGGCUUACCUAUUAUGUUGCUUAGAAACUUGAACCAGAAUGAAGGACUUUGUAAUGGAACAAGGUUGAUUAUUACAAAAUUGGCUACAUGGGUUAUAGAAGCAAAAAUUAUUAUUGGCACUAAUAUAGGCACAUGCGUGUUCAUUCCGAGGAUAACAUUAUCUCCAACUGAUUCGAAAUGGCCUUUUGUUCUAAACAGGAGACAAUUCCCAAUUUCUGUGUGUUUUGCAAUGACAAUAAAUAAAAGCCAAGGACAGUCAUUGAAACAUGUGGGAGUUUAUUUGCCUAAACCAGUUUUCAGUCAUGGACAAUUAUAUGUUGCGGUUUCUAGAGUAACAAGUAGAAAUGGGUUGAAGUUCCGCAUAAUUAAUGACGAAACUGAUCAAAGUUGUGAAACAAAAAACAUUGUGUACAAGGAGGUUUUCACCAAACUUAUUUAA